AUGGGCCACCUUCCCUCCAAACUGCCGUUCUCAAAGCGGCGGUUAAGGCCGCGCAUUGUUAUCUCAUACAUCCUUGACUAUGUAAUUCUUAUCGCAUGUAUCGCCGGUUUUUACAUCAUCGACUCUAUUGAGCCUUAUCAUCAGCAUUUCUCCUUGAACAAUAUAUCCCUUAUGUACCCUUACGCUGUCCAUGAGCGCGUACCCAUCCCACUCGCCCUUUGCAUCUCCGGCGUGGGUCCUUUGAUUAUAAUUGCGGUCUAUACGCUCUUGAUCGAUGGGUUGUUUUCUCAUAACAAACCUGUGGACCCAACUUCUGGGAAAAGGAAGCUGACAGGCCCAUACCGGUUUAAAGACCGACUGUGGGAAUUCAAUUGCGGGUUUCUUGGCCUUCUACUGUCCCAAGGUCUUGCGUUUCUCAUUACCCAAGUUCUCAAAAAUGCCUGCGGCAAACCCAGACCAGAUAUCAUCGAUCGAUGCCAACCCCGACCAGGAAGCGAGGAUCCAUUCCGUGGCUUGUCGAAUUACACAAUCUGUACGGGUGAUCCGGCAAUCAUCAAGGAUGGCUUUCGUUCUUGGCCUUCAGGGCACAGCAGCUCUUCCUUUGCCGGAUUGUUUUAUCUGACACUAUGGCUUUGCGGGAAGCUGCAUUUCAUGGACAACCGUGGCGAGGUUUGGAAGGCUAUAAUAAUCAUUAUUCCUUGUAUUGGCGCCACUCUUGUUGCAGUGAGUCGGAUUAUGGACGCGAGACACCAUCCCUUUGAUGUGAUUACUGGCUCCCUUCUGGGCAUUGUCUGUGCCUAUAUCGCAUACCGCCAGUACUUCCCCUCCAUCACAGAGCCUUGGAAAAAGGGGCGAGCUUAUCCGAUUCGGUCUUGGGGUAGAGAUCCGGUCGCCCCAAGCGAUGCUGCCCCUCUUGUAGCCACUAACGAAAGCACUGUCGCUCUACGGAAUCCUGAGGAGGAGAGGCUUGAUGCAUCCGGCGUACCUGACACUAGAGACCCCACUCAAUUACGCGCCUCAAGGUAUAUGCCUCCAGCAAACAACCCGUAUGCCACGAAUAUGUAUAGUCGUGAUGAUGACGGGCAUUGGUCGUCUUCAAGUGAGGACGUUGCAGAUGGAUAUGAAAUGCAACAUGGCUACGCUCGGACACAAAAUCCGACAAACGGCGGACAUCUUCCUCGCUACGAGACGGAUACGUCAUAUCACUCCCAGAUACAACCCCAAGUUACAGGGGUCAGCACGUCUUAUCCCCCACCGGUAACGACUGUUGGCUCCGGCGGCGAACGGGAAUUGACGGACGUGCCACCACGAGCAUUUUAA